UCCUCUUGCAAAAGGCUGAGCAGGCUUAGUUGCUACAUUGUCGCCAGUGGUGGUGGGCACACCCCGGCUUUGCCCCGCCCUGCUUCUAAGCUGAGCUUCUUCAAAUUCUGGGUACACAGGGUGCUUUACGUGUGUGCCUGGCUGGGAGUGCCAUGGAAGCGGAGGCAGCAGGGAUGGCUGAGAAGACUGCUCUGCGCACCCCCAAGUGCUCCCGCUGCCGGAACCAUGGCUUUGUGGUGCCGGUGAAGGGCCACACAGGCCACUGUCGCUGGAAGCUCUGCCCCUGCGACAAGUGUGCACUCAUUACAGAGCGCCAGAAGAUCAUGGCAGCUCAGAAGGCAAUGCAGGGGCAGGACCCAGAUGCCCCACCCAGGGAGAAGUCACCACCUGUGCCCUGCACCCCGGUUCAUGGUAAAGGUCGGAAGGUUCCUGCAGCUGGCCCCAGCGCCUCGGACCACAGCAGCCACGGGGGCAGGUGUGAAGGAGCCAAAACCACCCCGGCAGCCAGCAGCAGCAGCAGAACCAGGACCCGCAGGCCAGUACCCGCUUCCAGCUCCCCGCCCUUUGGGGACUUUGCCCAUCCUGCUUUGCCUCAAGAAUGUGUUGUCAGCCCAGAAUACCUGGAGAGAGAACCUCCAAAAUUGUAUCCUGGGUAUUCUGGUAUGUACCCAUACCACGCAUUUCCCAUGGGCUUUGCCAUCAAUCAGCCAAGCUGCAGAGGAACACCAGUGUCCCCAGGGAUGCCCCUUCAGAGAGGUUUCAGGCAUGUUCCUAGCAGCCACGGACCAGGGAGUGCCACUCCUCUGUCAAUGCAAGAUGCUGGUGGAGAUUUCCAAGGUUACUACCAUCCUCCACUUCCUCAGUUUAUACCCUCUGGCUUCCUGCCAGGGAUUCACUACAUUCCGCCACCCCUGCCACUUCUGACUGAAACACCCAAGGAAGCCUCUGGGUCAGGGAGGCCUGGUCUACAAUAGACCAGCAGGGUCGAUUUAAGCUACCGCUGCCAAUAGACUGAAUUCUGGGGUGAUUUGUGAAUGCAGCCAGCCAUCUCCUCAGGAAGAAGCCAGUGGAGACCAUGCCACAUGUUCUAAACAUUAAAUGUAUUUACGUGUAUUAGGGAGGGAAUAGAUGCAGAACAUGCAGCGGUCUCUCAGAGAGAAUAUAAUUAGUUAAUUUAGGGCUGGAUUGACACUAGCCUUAAUGCAACCAUGCAGGGCAGAAGAGGGGAGUAAGCCUCCUACCCCACUUCACAGUUGCAUUAGGGCUACUAUAAAAAAUAGUUUUGACUCCCUUCCAUUGUACAGCCCCAGGGCUGACAUUGCUCCACCGGCUCCACUGUACCAUCUGGUAGAGCUUUUGCAGGGCUACUGUAAAUUACUCCAUUCUGCAGCAAGUGGAGAUGAGUGGAGGAAUUAUGACUCCAGAGCCUAAGCUUCUUUUGGGGCUUGUCUGCACAAUAGAUUAUAUAUGUCACUCAGGGGUGUGUAUCACUACCCUGAGUAAUGUAAAUUACACCUAUAUAAGCACUGGUGUGGAUAGUACUUUUCUCCUACCAGCCUAGCUACUGCCACUCAGAGGGGUGGUUUUAUUAUACUAAUGGGAGAGUUCUCUGCAGACAGUAGACUGUCUCCACCAGAUGUGCCACAGGUGUACUGCUAUAGCACUUCUAGUGGAGACUAGACCACAGGUGACAGCCCAUGGUUGAGGCUGAGCAUAAAGACUGAUCUAGCUCUUUUACGUUUAAGGCAUAGUUACAAAGUAUAUUGUUUGUAGGCGUUUUUGCUAUCAGGAAUAGCCGGUUCUGAGUAUUUUGGAACAGUUAAGCGAUGAGAUUCAAACAUCUGAAAAUUGGGUGACGGGGAAGGGGAAGGAAGGUUUUGGCAGCUCAUACACAUGUAACAGAGUUGGGGCUUGAUACACUGGCAUUCAGGUGGGCUUUAGAAGUAAGAAGGGUGAUGGGUUUGGGGCACCUGCCAGUGAGGCAGUGGAAGAGGUUUUUGGGAGGGUCUGAUCUUCUAUACUGGCAUUCAGUGCUCCCUCAUCACCUUCCAGAUGAACUCCGGGCCCUGCUGCCUUUACAGGGCACCUACACUUUAAAUUGUGAGCACUAAGGCAUGUAGUUACAUCAGGUAGCUCAAUCUCCAGGGUUUUGUGUGCCCAGGACACCCUACACAUCGGUUCCAAGGAAACAUGCUAUGUUGGGAAAAGGGAAGCUGGUCACCAAAUUUGAUUUCUAAAGAGUGUGAGUGGACUGUCCAACAUAAUUGGGUUGGAGUUGUAUGGUGAAUUACAUAAAAUGUAGAGAGAUUAGCUAGCCAGCUGGCUGUAAAGUAACUAGGGCAAAAAUACCAAUUUAAUAAUAAUCAGCUAAACCAGAACAUAUCGUCAUCUAUGGACAAUAACGUUUGAAUAAUAAUGAAUGGAGCAUUCCUCUUUCUGUACUUUAAGAUUAAUGCGGUUUGUUAGUAGAUCAGUUGUUAGUGUUGGAAUUGUUUUUUCAAAAUUAAACAAGAUGCAUUAAAAUGUUUGU